AUGGAAGAGUCAGACAUGGACCUUUAGACUAUGAUGUUUAAAAGGUAACAGAAAAAGGACAUAUUCGAGAGCACACCUUCAAAACUGGGAGGUACCAACCCUAAAUUGAUUAACAAACUAGACGUUGGUGAUUGUUAGGUUACGACCAUCACAGGACAGAAUAGCGAAAUUAAAGCAAAAAAGAGCUAGGGGAGAGAUCCUAAAGAGUAACCAUUAUUGAUAAAUGUUUCCUACACAUAGUAUGAGGUUCUUAAGGAUGUAGCCGAGGACUUGAACUUCAAUCUGUCCUAUGAAGAGGAGGAGGAUUGGGAUAUCUAUUGGAUUGAUGGUCCAGUGGCACCGGCAUUCUUGCUUAAAAUGCAAGCGUACUAAAGAGCAAGCCAUUUCCCUGGUAUGUUCGCACUUGCCCGUAAAAACUUAUUGGCGAAAAAUCUGCAAGCCAUGAAAAAAGUAUUUUCCCAGGAAUUUAACUUCUUCCCAAAAACAUGGUUGAUUCCUCAGGAUGCUAAGGAUUUCAAAGCCUAAUUCAAUAACAAAAAAGCGAAAACUUUUAUUAUUAAGCCAGAGGCAAGUUGCCAAGGAAAGGGCAUUUUUCUAACUAGAAACUUUGACUGGUUACAAGCUGGUGAGCAUUAUGUGGCACAAAGAUACUUGCAUAAACCCUAUUUAAUUGAUAAUCUGAAAUUUGACUUAAGAAUCUAUGUUCUUUUAACUGGAAUCAAUCCUCUCAGAGCCUUUAUCUACAGAGAAGGUCUAGCAAGAUUCGCUACAGAAGAGUACAAUUCUCCCUUAGGUAGUAAUUUGAACAAUUUAUGCAUGCAUUUGACUAAUUAUGCUAUAAAUAAAGAUAGUGACCAGUUUGUGUUUAACGAAGAUCCUUCAAAAGAUGAUGUCGGACAUAAAAGAGGACUAAAACCGAUCUGGACUCACAUUGAUAAUAACAGGAAACCAGAGGGUAAAACCGCAGCUUAAGUCUGGCAAGACAUAAAAGAGGUUAUAGUAAAAACUUUGAUCACUGGGCAACCCCACAUCGCUCAUCUUUACAGAUCUUCGAAACCGGAUGAUGUAGAGAACAGCAUGUGUUUCUAGAUUCUUGGUUUCGAUAUUUUUAUAGAUAAUAAAUGUAAACCUUGGCUCAUAGAAGUAAAUUAAAGCCCCAGUUUCACGACAGAUACACCUCUUGAUUUUAAUAUUAAAAAGGCUUUGAUAUGUGACACAGUAGAAAUGCUUAAUCUUAGCUGGAAAAGAAAGAACAAAUAUAUUGCAGCUAAGAGAGCCGAACAGCAAAAGAGAGUAUUGGUUGGAAAAUAAAAGGUCUCUUAAGAGGAAAGAGAGGCCCUCAGAGAAAAGAAACUUAGAUUAAAGGACAAAUAUGAGACAAAUCAUCUUGGAAAUUAUGAAAUGCUAUAUCCUUUGAAGAAAGGAGCAGAUGAGUACUCUGACUAGCUAAUGGAAAAAUAUGAUUUACUCCUAGUAAAAUCGAAGGAAAUCUGGGAAGAAUCAAUAUCUGGUGGGGGUUAUGUGGCUAAGAAGAAGGAAUCCCUACCAGAAACUAAAAGUAUUUCAUCCUCGGGGACUAAUAAGCCAGGUUCCUCUCAAGGUCUUAGAAAAACUUCAAAUAACUUUUAAAGAUAGCAACAAGUUAAGUCAAAUCAAACUCAAAAGCAAACUAUUACAACAUAUCAAAAUUCCUCAUCCCAAUUCCAACAUAUUUAACCAUAAACAACGAAAGAUUCUACUCCGGUAAGUCACACUCAACCUUCACAAAAUUCUCAUACAACGAUUCUACAUUCGCAAUCAUUCACUUCUCAGAAUAAUCAAUCUUAGAAUCAAUCGAUCGGAGUUACAAGCAGUACCAGCAGUAGACACUAGGUUCAGCAAGAAUCGUUCUUUGUUGGUUACCCAUACAUUAGAGAAGAGGCAGAAGCUGAUUACAUAAGGUUAAGUCAGAAACUUCAUCUUGGCCAGCAUCAUGCCCAUUCACCAGUAAAAUUGAAAUCACAACCAAUAGCUUAAAAUUCUUUGACCUAGUUAGAUUUCAAAUACGGGCAAGGAGUUCCAAUCCCCAUACCGCAAAUGAACCAGAUUAGAAAUUCAUCAGUAGACUAAGCUAUCCAAAAUAACAACAAUAGCAAAGGAUUUUAAAAGAAACCUUCAUAAGCAUUAGUCUAAGGUCAGCAAUAACAACUACAGACCUAACAGUAGCAAAUGAUACCAAUUAAUCAAUAACUACUUACUUCAAAAAUCAAUACAAAUUAAUUGGCUUUGUUAUAUCAAAAACAAGGGCAACCAAUAAUGACCAGUAACCAGAGUUCUUCUCUAAAUGGGAGGGUUCAAACUUAGUAAAAUGAUUAAAUGCUCAGAAUUAAUUCAAUAGAUAGGCAUAUGGGCAUCCCAGGAACUAUAAAUACCCAAGUUAUAGUAAAUUAGUAGACUUAAAAUCAGUAGAGCAUAUAUGUCUUGAAUGGGGGACCUAAUAACAGACAGACUUAGUAAGCACCUAGAUCAAAUAGCAAUGCAGUUGGCAUUGUUGGAGUCAGCCUUGGUCCUGUUUCAGCAAAUGCAGCUAAAAACUAGUCCCUCAAAAACAUCAACGGAAUGGUAUACAAUAACGAUUCAUUGAUGCUAAAGGGAAUGUCUCUCGGUAAGGGUGGGUAAAUUCAAUAAGUUCUCCCGCAGUAGAUCUACAGAAUGCCUUAUUAAAGAUAAUGA